GCACACAAAGGAGGGCUUUGAGGUGGCUCCAGCCAGGCCCAGGCCAAUCCCCUCUCCCCUCCGGUGCUUCGCUUGCCCCAAUCUGGGCCUCCCUGUGAGCCUGAUUUAACGGGAAACUGUGGGCCAUGAGAAGUUCCUUGUGACACACUAAUCCCAGCCUGCUGACUGGACCGCGCCCCCAGCAGAGGCAACCUCCUGGCUCUCGCUCCCCAAGGACGCAGGCUCCAGGUGGCCCAAGGAGGAGCUGCCAACUGAGCAGGGAGGAGGGUGCCUGGAGACACCAGGAGGAGGAAGCAGGGCUCGUCUUUUUCUGAGGACUCUGAGUCUUCCAGAGGCAGCAUGUCAGAGGGGGCGGGCACGUUCCGCAUGGUCCCUGAGGAGGAACAGGAGCUCCGUGCCCAGCUGGAGCGGCUUACAACCAAGGACCAUGGGCCUGUCUUUGGCCGGUGCAGUGAGCUACCCCGCCAUACCUUGCAGAAGGCCAAGGACGAGCUGAAUGAGACGGAGGAGACUCGGGAGGAGGUGGUGCGAGAGCUGCAGGAGCUGGUGCAGGCGCAAGCGGCCUCUGGGCAGGAGCUGGCCCGCGCGGUGGCCGAGAGGGUGCAGGGAAGGGACAGCGCCUUCUUCCUGCGCUUCAUCCGCGCACGGAAGUUCGAUGUGGGGCGAGCCUAUGAGCUGCUCAAGGGCUACGUGAACUUCCGGCUGCAGUACCCAGAGCUCUUCGACAGACUGUCCCCGGAGGCUGUGCGCUGCACCAUCGAGGCUGGCUACCCUGGUGUCCUGUCCAGUCGGGACAAGUAUGGCCGAGUGGUCAUGCUUUUCAACAUUGAGAACUGGGACUGUGAAGAAAUCACCUUCGACGAGAUCUUGCAGGCGUAUUGUUUCAUCCUGGAGAAGCUCCUGGAGAAUGAGGAAACUCAAAUUAAUGGCUUCUGCAUCAUUGAGAACUUCAAGGGCUUUACCAUGCAGCAGGCUGCCGGGCUUCGGGCUUCCGAUCUCAGGAAGAUGGUGGACAUGCUCCAGGAUUCCUUCCCAGCCCGGUUCAAAGCCAUCCACUUCAUCCACCAACCAUGGUACUUUACCACGACCUACAACAUGGUCAAGCCCUUCUUGAAGAGCAAGCUCCUCCAGAGGGUCUAUGUCCACGGAGAUGACCUCUCCAGCUUCUUCCAGGAGAUCGACGAGGACAUCCUGCCUGCUGACUUUGGGGGCACACUACCCAAGUAUGAUGGCAAGAUUGUUGCUGAGCAGCUCUUUGGCCCCCGGGCCCAAGCUGAGAACACAGCCUUCUGAGGAUGUCUCCUGCCAUCUGACCUGUAGUUAGCAUCCCUGGGCCUCUCCUCAGCUGUUCUGGACCCAGAAGACUGGGGAAAGGGCUACCUGGGGUGACUGUGAUUCCCCUGAACCUCCCUAAGCUUGGGUGAGCUCAGGUGUCACCCUCCUCCCGAGUUGGGGGACAAUAAAGCAGGGGGAAUUCCCUUGAAUGAGAAGAAUUGGGGGCAGUUAUAUUCCUAUUGCUUCUGAAGCUUUAGGAUAGUAACUUGUGUAGGGUUGAGUUUCAAAGACUCUAAUUAAGCUUCUCAAUGAUUUCCUUUGUAACAGUUUUGCUACUUAGGGUCUGUGAAAACAGGUGGGGAGGCUGUUUAACAGUCUCUUCCCUGGCCAAAAAAAAAAAUACAAUGAAAGGAUAAAAGAGAGGGGGUAUAAGUGCAAAUGAUCUGGCAAGCACAGCAAUCUUGGCAGCCGGUAGACAGGGGAGGGGUUUUCCAUGGAGAAUUCCAGGGUGGAAGCAGCCUUGACAAGGCUCCAUUUUGGGGUGGCCUUGUCCCUCAGUCAGGUGCACUCUGAUGUGUGCAUGUGCAGUGAUGGUCA